CUGCGACUACAUUCAAGCCGCAUCCAGCAGUGUGUACACAUCGGGGGCGAGAAGCACGUAAUCCCGCAGCGGAACAUAGGAAAAUCAAUGGCUGGGACGAGGUGUGUCGACGACGACGGUCUCGGAAUUUAAAGCACUGCGCCCGGGGAACGAGGACGACGUUGAUCGCGCGAUUUCGCGAGUAGAUCCAGCAAAGUCACUUUUUCGUCUCGCACGGCCGGAAUCGAGUGAAGUCAGUCGUCGGUCGCCGCAACCGCGUGCAACGAUAAUCGCGAUAUAAGCGCGUUCACCAGGUGCAUUGCAACCCUCACUUCACGACCGAUUGGCCGUUCUUCGUCUCAUCAUGAUACACGAAAACGUCUCUCGGCAGUCUGGCAAUCUCACCGAAAAUGUUCGCCGCAUGAAUGUCCAGAGGAACUUCCGCGCGACAUAUCGGAUCAGGGUCUGCAACCCGGAUUAGACACGAUGAUGCUGCAUGCUGGACAGACCAGCACUCGAACAGACCGAUGAGUGUGAAUCGCAGUAAAUCCGUUUACAUCGAAGACGCAAAAAAAAUGCAGAACGGAUUUAAGAUCGAUGAUAAUGAUGUCAUUUAUAAAGAUGUUGUCAUCAUAGGAAACGGACCCAGCGGAAUAUGCCUGUCGUACAUGCUUGCGGGUAACUGGCCUUAUUACACCGGCGAACCUCAUCCCGGUGACGACAUGCUGACAGCGCGAUUGCGGUUCUGCACGACUAACACCGGCAGCGAGGAUCCGGAUGACGCGAUCGCCAAGAAUCGGCGUCAAUGCGGCAAGUCCGGCAGGACCCAGGGAGGCGGUCUAGCGCGCAGUACGCGCUGCAAACUCGAAUGCCUGUCAUCUGGUAUCGAGGGUAGGGGCGGUGGUCGACCGUUGGCUCUUCUCAUGGACCAUCUGCAGCAUCCGUGCGUCGACGCCGGCCUCGACGUGGCCUCGCUCCUCGAUUGGCGGUCCGCCGACGAGUAUCCCGAACACAGGAUUGUGGACCACGUCGUCCUCGGCAAGGGCCAGCCCGGAGGUGCCUGGCAGGCUAUGGACCCCAAUGUGUUGACUAUUAGUCUGAGCCGAUGGAUGUCUCUCCCCGAUCUGGAUUUAAGGCACUGGGAGAAACUUAUCGAGGCGGAACAAAUACGAGAAUCGGUUUUAUCCGAGACCAACGAUGCGUAUACGCGACCAGAAAAAUUGAGCGUUUGCAAGGCGUCCAGCCGGAUUUCUGUAGGCACUGUUGCUGCUUAUUACAAGGAUUAUGUGCGCAGAAAAGGCCUGAAACAAUACUUUCGAUGCGGGACUACAGUUACUUCGGUAAAAUCGGAUUCUGAUUCACCCGAGAGUAAAGGAGGAUACAAUUGGAUCGUGGACGGAUACGAGAACAAAAGUGGGAAGCGAUUUUUAUAUCGGUGUAAAAGGGCUGUUCUGGCAACCGGCACAACCGAUUUAUCUAAUCAUCUAGGCAUUCCAGGGGAGACCACGUAUCCCAACUGGGUAACGCACGAUCUCAACGAUCUCGAGACGCGAUUAGGGCGUUUGGUCCGCGAACGUGGUGAAACAGAUGUUGAUUCAAACGACGAACAGAUGCUACCGGUAUUGGUAGUUGGAGCUGGUUUGAGUGCGGCCGACGCGAUUAUGGCAGCGCGUUUUCGAGGGAUACCCGUGUUGCACGCAUUCCGUCAUUCGUCUAACGAAUGGACCAAAGAGACCGCUGAAAGGAUAACUACUAGUUACGAUCGAUUACAAUGGUUGCCGAAUUCCAUAUAUCCGGAAUAUCACAAAGUAUACGAGAUGAUGGCUGACGGAGGUACAAAUUAUCCUCUGUAUAAAUCGCUACCGGGAUAUACGCUUGUCAGUCUCGAUGAGAAUCGCGAGGACGAAAAUAUGAAUACAACGAGAAGGACAGUUACCUUUUCCGCUCCAGACGGUCGACUGCACACGUUUGAAGUGUCUGUUGCAGCUAUACUUAUCGGAUAUAAACCAGAUUUAUCGUACUUGGAAUGCAACGGUAUAGGGCUGGGUAAACUCACGGACAAGCCGAUUGAUAGUAAAUCGAAUCCGAUCGAAAUUGAUGAUUUCACGUACGAAGUGAUCAAAGCGCCGACGAAGGGACUUUAUGCUUUGGGACCUUUAGCCGGCAACAAUUUUGUUCGCUUUGUUCUGGGCGGUGCACUUGGAAUUCUUGCGCAUAUCUUGUGCACUACAUCUGAGAGAUCUGUCAGCCGUUCACGCGAACCGAUCGUGUCUUAGCAAAGCUGUUUUAUAUACAAGCGUAUUGAAACAAUAGAAUUGUGUGACUUCUACUGCUCAACUCGUGUGUGAAUGCUGAAACUUAUUUAACAAAUUCAUAUAUGUACAUACUUAAAAUUAUUUUUGUAUUCCUUAGCAUAGCUCUUCAAACUAAGAAAAUUUAAUCGAAAUUUAAGUGUAUAUAUAAUCUAUACCUAUUUAAUGGUUUCAUCGAAAUAUCUCAUAAAAAAACAGUCGACAUAAAGAGAUCUGUGUUUAUUCGUUGAAUAACGAUGUGCUGAAAAAAAUGGCAAUUCAAAUGCUUUUUAGAUCUGUUUUAGAUCUAUUUGCACUUCGUAACAUUCCAUUUGAUAAGAAAAUUAUUUAUAGUAAAUAGUCACAACAAUAUAGUUUACAUAAUUCAUCAUUUACAAUUGAAAAUUACUAUUGGCAAAUAUCAUGAUUAAUGAAUUCACAGAGAUAGCCUUUGUACAAAUUUGCCACUCAUAAUGUAUAUAGAAAUUAAUAAAAAUAUAACAUAUUAUAAUUAGUUUUAUAAAAAAUCGAAUAAUAGACAACGAAAUUCUUGACAUAAAUUCUUUGUAAAUUAUUAAAUAUAUUAAAAAUUAUCCCUUUAAUGGAUAAUUAAAUAUUUUUUAUGCGCAUCUACUUACGUACAUUAUAGAAGUACUUUUAAUAAUUUUUAUUUUUAUGUGUAGAAACAUAUAUAUUGAAGCAAUCAAACAGUUAUGUUAAAUGUAAAAGUGCAUUUUUUUAUAUUUUGCAUUAUUUUCUAACAAUUUGUAAAUGUAAACAAAUUUCGCAAAGUGAAUCUAGUGAUUGUAUAUUAAUUUUUAACAUAACAUCUUUUUAAUUUA